AUGCCUCCAAUACCAUACCGUACUUACGUCCGAGGUCAUCCCGGCUCCUCUCAGAAGGAAAUUGACAACGAGCCUGACUGGAGCUCAGCCAAGCAUCAUAUUGGCUAUCGUGAUCGAUUUGACCGUGUCCCUGGAUUGGUACAAAGCGGCGAUGAUUCUGAUAGCGAAGACAGUCAGGAUUCUUUCCUCAAGGAGGCUGCAGAAGAGUCCGACGAGCUGCAAAAGGAUUUGAAGCAACAUAAAUUGGUCAACUUUCGCGAAGCCAAGGAGAAGCAAGAGGACUAUUACCUCGAAGAACCGGAAGAUCAUCCCAAUGGCUGGCGUUACAGACUCAACGAGUCCGAAGAUUUCAUCAAGAAUCAAGAACCUUGUCCCGCCAAUCUAAAACGCCAUAAGCAGAAGGAAGAGAAAGAGAAGGAAGAAAAGGAGAAAAAAGAGCAAGAGGAGAAGCAAGAACAAGAGCAUGAAUGGAAGGAUGGCAACCUCAAUCGUCAGAGACACAAUGAUGCUUAUGCUUCAAGCGGUGGACAAGAUGACUCGAAGGCAACCAACCAGGAUGGCGACAAGCAGGACGGCAAGAAUGACCAAAAGGACCUUAAGGAUGGAUCUCAAGCCGAUCAAGCAGAUUCCGAGGAGCAGAAAGAUUCCAAACCGAAAUCCGGAUACGAAAAACUACGAGAAAAGUACAGCGUGCAGGAAAUUGCACUGCUGAGGAGUCUGCAAGCAGAGAAGAAGAUUGUCGAGAACCUCAAACAAAGCGACGGGAAGAUGAAAUCUCCUUGGGCACACCUCAAGCCUUCUGACGUGAUUGAUGAUGCCGACCGCGCCAGCCCGGACAACUGGAUCCCGAGAGACUCGAAUAUGAUCCGUCUGACGGGCAAGCACCCUUUGAAUGCCGAAUAUCCGCUAUCAGACCUCUUUGAGACAGGUCUGAUCACCCCAAAUCGCUUGCACUGUGUGCGAAACCAUGGACCCGUACCACAUCUACUGUGGGAAACGCACGAGCUGGACAUCGAGAACGGAAAGUGUAAGUUUAGCAUGGACGACCUUAAGAACAGGUUCGAAAGCGUCAACAUCGCAGUCGCACUGGCUUGUGACGAGAUCAAAAGUUUUAACUGGGGCGCCGGUGCUAUCAGUAACGCAUUCUGGAAGGGUGCUUUUUUGUCCGAUGUCUUGAAAGCGGCUGGAAUUGAUUACCCUACCAAUGGAUCUGGAGUCAGAAGAUGGGUCAAUUUUGCAGGUUCUGAUGAGCCAUCAGAGGGUACUUACGAGACAUGCAUCCCGUAUGAGUAUGCUAUGGAUCCGGUCAAUGAUGUCCUGCUGGCUUAUGAGAUGAAUGAUGUCAAAUUACCUCCUGACCAUGGGUAUCCUCUACGAGUCAUUAUUCCUGGAUAUGUUGGUGGAAGGCAAGUCAAAUGGCUGAAAAAAAUUUGGAUUAGUGAGAAGGAGAACGACAGUCACUAUCAUAUUUGGGACAAUCGCGUGCUGCCUGCUUUCGUUACUGAGAAGGACGGUGAGUUUUCGGAAACCCUCUUCCGCCACCCGGACACGGCUUGCAACGAACAAAAUUUGAAUUCGGUCAUCGCUAAUCCUGGACACGGUGAGCGCAUCGGGGUGUCUGAUGUCAAGAAGGGCCACACGUAUCGCAUUGCUGGCUAUGCUUAUGAUGGAGGUGGUCAUGAGGUGCAGCGAGUCGAAGUCAGUCUCGACAAUGGUGAGACAUGGUUGUACUGUAUCAGACAAUUCCCAGAGGCUCCAAUCAGACAUGGUCAAAAGUAUUGGACCUGGAUUCACUGGUACAUCGACAUCGAACAGGCGCACUUGCUCCGAGCUCCGAGCAUUAUUGUGCGAUGCUUCAACGUCUUCAAGAACACCCAGCCAGAGUUCGGCUCAUGGAACGUCAUGGGCAUGAUGAACAAUGGCUGGUACAAGGUCAAACCCGAAAUCACUGAAAGCAAGGAUGGUAACGUUGAGGUCCUCUUCUGCCACCCUGUCGAGCCAGGCACUGGUACCGGUGGAUGGGUAGAGCCUAGCGCAGACGAGAAGAUUGCCAGCGCAAAGCAUAGUUCCAAUACACCGCAGAAACAAUUCACCAGAGAGGAAAUCGAGAAGCACGAUAAGGAAGACGAUUGCUGGAUUGUGGUCGAUGGCAAUGUCUACGAUGCGACUUCUGUGCUUGACUGGCACCCCGGUGGCAAGGCAACCAUUAUGAACCAUGGUGGCAAGCUCUCUCAAGAGACUUCGGAGAGCUUCGAAUCCAUCCACGAUGGCUACGCUUACAAGAAGCUCGCUGAAUGUAUUCUCGGUACAGUAACAGACAAGGCUAAAGCACAUAUGAAGAAAGAAGCGGAAGCGGCAGCGAAGGCUAAGGCAGAAGCUUCGAACAAGAAGACUAAUGUUGUACUCUCCAUGCAGCAAUGGUACCCCGUGACCCUGCAGAAGAAGAAGAACAACUCCGAAGACACCCGCCAGUACACUUUCAGCCUCGGCGACAAAUCCAAAAAGCUCGGUCUUGGUACUUGCCAACACUUGCAGAUGGGAUUCCACAUGGCCGAUAAGAUGCUCGUCCGCUCAUACACACCCACUGCGCCUAUCGUUGGAGCAGACACUGAGGACGGCACUUUCGACCUUGUCGUCAAGACCUAUUUCCCGACUGACGACCAGCCUGGUGGUGCCCUCAGCAACAUUCUCGACUGCAUGAAAGAAGGCGAGGAGGUCGAGAUCCGCGGUCCUACCGGCGACAUCAAAUAUCUCGGGGAUGGCAAAUUCGAGAUCUUCGACGAGGAGCAACAGUUCGAGAACAUCACGCUUAUCCUUGGUGGUUCUGGUAUCACACCUGGGUAUCAACUGAUCGCCAGGAUCAUGGCUACCGACAGCGACAAGACGAAAAUCAAGGUCGUGGACGCUAACAAAGACGAGUCCGCCAUCUUGCUGCGUGAAGACCUGAACAAGUUCGCCAAAGACCACAAGGAUAGCUUCGAGAUCCAACACAUCCUGAGUCACCCUUCUGAUGACUGGAAAGGUGAGAAGGGUCAUGUCGAUGCAGACAAGAUCAAGAAGUACAGUUAUGGUCCUGAGAAGGAGAGUGGCAAGAAGAGUGUUGUAUUCGUGUGUGGACCUCCGGCUAUGAUACAGAAGGCUGCUAUGCCUGCGCUGCGCGAUUGGGGAUAUGAGGAAGGUAAAGACAUGUUUGGCUUCUAG